AUGCUGCUCGGUGAUUAUUGCAUAGUUGAUGCAAAGUCUGACGAUCCGCAUGUUUUGGCCUAUGGUGAACCUACAUACCAUAUUCUCCCAGACAAAACGUCUGCAGUCGAACGAACUGCAUCCAUCUACAAGAACAGAAGAUCGUUGGGCCUUUGUGACGGCGAAAAAACUCUCACACUUCCAAACAACGCUACCGUAGUUCAGUGCAGGCACAGCAUGAAGGCCAAAGUCUCAAAAAUGGUCGAGUUUUGGGGUGCGGAAACUCCAUUUGCUAAUUUCAAUCGUAAAAAAUCGUCUACCUGCU